AUGAACUGGGUGCACGGAAAGAUCUCCUUCCUGGGCGAUCUGAUCAUCACCAUCAACACGCGACGAAAAUGGUCGAACAUCAAAUUCAUCGAAAUGCCAAACUUGUCGAUGGACUGGCUGAUCAGCUGGAACUUGCCGCGGAAUGGGAACCGAACUGGGCACAAUGUCUUUCCCUCUACAACGCCUCUACAAGACGGGGCAGAUACUUAUUCCAACUUUCGCUCGAAAAGUCUAGACCUCGAAUGGCGAAUCAACGUCCCAAUGUUUCGCAUUUUUCUGUUUUCGACGACGCUGAACUGGUUGAGCUCGUUUUGGAAAUCGAUAACGGACGUGGCUCGGCCGAUCAAGCGCGGAAACGGUUGGUGGGCCGACAACACUCCGCCGAAGAAAAAGUUCUCCAGGCAUUAUCACAAGACUUCUCUUCUCUGGCGUUUCGACUCUAUGGCGUGCGAGUAUCGACAGAGCUUUUCGAAGAACAUCGGUUUCGUGAUUCAAUCAAAAGCUGGCUUUCUCGAGUCCAAUCACUUGCUCAAGAUCGAAGAGCGACCCCGCGACGAAGCCAUUCUUCUCCGUCCAAAAGCCGAGUGGUCGAUGGAAAAGAUGAAUCUGGAAGCAAAGGAGAUCCACGUCUACCUCAAAAAUGCCUCCUCCUCGACUGACAACGCCGAGAAGAAUUUCUUCGCCAGUUUAGACAAUGUGAAGUUCCGUCGCUUCGCCGAGUUCAUCGAGAACGCCGAUCGACGAAAAAUGAUCUUUGACGCGGCCGAUUUCAAAGCGCUCUGGAAGGUGGAAAACCGAGACUGUAUUAUGACACUGAUCAAUUCAGCAGAAUGUGGAAACAUUUUGAAAAAGAACUUGACCGCGAAAUUAACGGUGAUGUUUUCAAAGAACGAAAACUUAAGUUCCAACUCGAAGAACAAUAAAGGAGCCCAUCAAAAUGGGGAGGAAAUGAAAGAACUCACAGCUGCGGAAUUCAUCAAUCCUUUGAAUCAACUCUUAAACUCUGGAAAAAAGACUUGCUCGACCGAAUUCGUCGAGCAAUCAGCCAAGGCGAACGAGGAGAAACCAGUCUACACGGGGCUCGAAUGUAAUCUGCGAAACUGCCAAGUGCUGCUGAAGGGAUUCGAAAGGCCUGGCUUCAUGUGUCUCACCGCCGACAAUAUCAAUCUGAUACGACACGAGUAUUGCCGAGCCUGGCGAGACGGUCAGUACUUGGACAAGUUCGGCACGAAAGGCACACUUACAGGGAUGCAACUGUUCUCCCUCUCCGUCGGCUCCAAAGGCAGCACGCUAAACGAAACCGACCACCUCUGGGUUCCUGCGUAUCAAAUCCAACAAGAACUCUCCCACGAUCUCGAUCCACCAGAGAACAUGCCAGGCGCGGAUGUCAAAUGA